UACAAAAAGAGGCUUUUAAAAGAUUUAUUGAGCAUAAAUUGCGUUCAUUACCCGUCCGUUUUGACACUGGACUCAAUAAUGCUAACGCUCGCAAGAAGAGUUCACACAGGAAGUGGAAAACUGACCGAACGCUGCUCAAAGUUGGUUGAUAGUGUAAUCAGAGUAGAUCAUGCUGGGGAACUGGGAGCGAAUCAAAUUUACCGAGGACAGUUGGCCAUUCUUGGCCACACCAAGAUGGGUAAAACUAUUGAACACAUGUGGGAACAGGAGAAAGUCCACAAGGAAGCGUUCGAUCGGUUAAUCAUCAAGUACCGCGUUCGGCCAACGGCACUGCUACCAUUUUGGAACGUAGCCGGAUUUGCGCUCGGAGCCGGAACGGCACUACUCGGUGAAAAGGCCGCUAUGGCGUGUACGGUUGCAGUUGAAUCGGUGAUUGUCGAACAUUACAACGAUCAGCUCUGCCAAUUGGUGAAAGAUCCGAACUUCACCGACAAGGCACUGUUAGAAACGAUCCGACGUUUUCGGGAUGAGGAACAGGAGCAUCACGAUACUGGCAUUGAGCUUGGUGCAGAACAGGCCCCAUUCUACAGAGCCCUCACGGACGUCAUAAAGUUUGGGUGUCGCACUGCAAUAAAGAUUGCGGAGAAGGUGUAG